GCACUUUCCUCUCACACUAACGUCAGUUGUGGGUCCGGCUGCAAAAUGCACAACAGCUGUAAGUAAUCAGAUCUGUACACCUUUUAGACGCGACGUUUUUUUAUUUCAUUAUUUUUAACUUUCAAUCUUUGACGAUUAUAGAUUGUAUCACGCGCGUCUCUAAAGUUCGGGAUAACUCCCCUAGCAGUGUCAUAGACGGCGUUUUAUUGCAUGUUUGUUUGUUCAUGUCUCCGGCUGAGGCACUUCUGACCCUCAGCAUGCCGGGAGAAACCUAAGUGUGUUCCCCCUCAGAGAAAGUGUCACGCGCUGUGGAGAAGUUCCCGCGCUUCCCAGAACUGGCUUCCAAAUGGAGGAGAUCCUUAAAGGGCAGUACGUCUGGGCUCUCAACGAGUCGUGGAGAAAUGAGAGUCUGGGGAACGACACGGCUGGCGUCAAUCACACGGUGAAUCCCCUGAAGCGCAAUGAGGAGGUGGCCAAGGUGGAGGUCACGGUGCUGGCGCUGGUGCUGUUCCUCGCGCUCGCCGGGAACCUGUGCGUGCUGCUCGCCAUCCACACGGCCAAGCACGGACAGUCACGCAUGUACUACUUCAUGAAGCACCUGAGCAUCGCCGACCUGGUGGUGGCAAUCUUCCAGGUGCUGCCGCAGCUCAUCUGGGACAUUACCUUCCGCUUUUACGGGCCAGAUGUUCUGUGCAGGCUGGUGAAGUACCUCCAGAUCGUCGGCAUGUUCGCCUCCACUUACAUGCUCGUGCUGAUGUCCAUAGAUCGGUGCCUGGCCAUAUGCCAGCCGCUGCGCUCGCUGCACAAGCGGAAAGACCGCUGCUACGUGGUGGUGUCCUGGGUGCUCAGCUUGCUCUUCAGCAUCCCGCAGGUGUACAUCUUCUCGCUCCGGGAGGUCGGAUCUGGAGUCUACGACUGCUGGGGGGAUUUCGUGCAGCCGUGGGGCGCCAAAGCCUACAUCACCUGGAUCAGCCUGACCGUCUACAUCAUUCCUGUGGCCAUCCUGAGCAUUUGCUACGGCCUGAUAAGCUUUAAGAUCUGGCAGAACUUCAGGCUGAAGACCAGGCGCGAGCAGCAGGUCGUCACUCUGAGUCCCACGGCCGCGCGGAACGGGGCGCUUUUGGCGCGCGUCAGCAGCGUGCGGCUCAUCUCCAAGGCCAAGAUCACCACGGUCAAAAUGACCUUCGUGAUAGUGCUGGCUUACAUCGUGUGCUGGACUCCGUUUUUCUUCGUGCAGAUGUGGUCCGCGUGGGAUCCAGCUGCGCCCCGAGAAGCGAUGCCCUUCAUCAUCUCCAUGCUGUUGGCCAGUCUGAAUAGCUGUUGUAACCCCUGGAUCUACAUGUGCUUUGCUGGACAUCUGUUCCAUGACCUGAAGCAGAACUUUCUGUGCUGUCCGGCACGCUACCUGAAGUCCUCCCAGUGCCGCUGUGAUCUGGAGCGCAAUUCGAGCCGCAAGAGCAACUCCUCCACAUACGUCAUGAAGAGCACGAGCAGCCAGAGGAGCAUUACCCAGACAUCGACCACAUAAACACUGACGCUCCUCACCCAUAAGGACUGAGCAUAGACCCAUGCAGAAUGGAACAGUGAUGUGCACAGAUGGCUGUAAACACAUUGAGAGGAGCCUAAUGAAACUCACUAUCAGAACACUGCUGGAAGCUUUGGCUGUUUCUCUGUGAUUACUUCCUGGAUAGGAAAUAAAUAAAGAUCACCAUCAGAAUGACGAGAGCGUAAAUGUAAUGUCAUAGCAGAUGGCAUGUUACCAUAAAUGCAACCAAGAAAAUGUCUGGCUCCAGAUUAAAAUCUGUUCGCAUUUCGAAGGCUGAACAUGCUCAUUUUUUUCUGAUUCUCACCUAAAAUAUGCUAUUCAGUCAGUAUUACCAUGCAUCAACAUUCCAUUUAAAAAAACAAUCAAUCAAUCAAUAAAUAAAUAUGUUAAAUAUUUCAAAGCUUACUUUUCCUGUUACUUAAAGGCAUAACUUGUGAAAACUGCAUGCAUUUGGUGGAUUUACUAACAUAUUUUAAGUUCACGUCAGUAAUGAGGCCUAGACUCCAUGUUUCAGUAUCAGCUUGACAACAGUAAUGCCUGUAAAUGUUUUUUUUUUUCCUAUUUAUUUUCAACAGACUAAGUUGCUCUUUUUUAAUCAAAGAACCCAUUAAGAGCUCUGAUGAUUUACUUUCCCCCUUAUUUUUUUACCCAAGAGGAUCUUUUUGAACAUUUUUUGCAGCAUAUGUUAUUAUUUACUGAAAACCAUUUAGUCAAACACUUUUGUGAUAUUAACAGAAAGUAUAACCCAGCGAGAUACAACUCUCUGUUUUACUGAAGGAAAACUUUUACUGUUCCUCUAAAAAAUGACUUGGCCUUAUCUUGUUGGUGCAUCUUUAAGGCAGAACACCUGUGUGUGUUUAUUUAACAACACUGAAAUCUGGCAUCAUUUCUCUAACUUGCUGUACGCUGUAAGAAAGUAAUGUUUCCUGAUGUCUCUUUGUUUUUUUACAUCAUUAUACUUCUUUCACACUGUUUUAAUUCUAUUCUUUACAAACAACAUUUUUUUUUCCUCGGUCAAAAGGCUACUGAAUUUUACUUUUGAAAAACAGUGAUAUUUA